AUGGAUUUCGUGAUUCGUCGCCUGACCUCCUCACUCUCUCGCUCUACUCUUCGUCUUUCACGGUUCCUCCUCGGCCUGCGCUUUGCUGCUGCUCGCCGCCAAUCCCUACUCAUGGACUCGCCAGUCCUGAAUCAGCUGUUUCGGCAGCUGUUUCAACAUCCUGCCUGUCGACAAUCCUGGAGAUCCUCAUCUGCCCUGUCGGGGCGCCGACCGGGUUGCGUGCGCCUGUCGUCCACCCCAUCCCGCCAACAGUCUCGCAACCUUAGUUUCCAAAGUUUCAAGCAACGCAUCUUUGGACAUUCAAAACUAGAUCCUGGAACACUAUGGACUCCGCGAGAACAUGUCAUGCAAAAUGUCGACAACUUCGAAGAGCAAUUGCAGGCCUACCCAUUGGUAACGGCCAAAGAGCUCCGCCAUCAUCGUGAGCGGCCGCGACAAGUGAAGAUGCUGACGAGAGAAUUCAUCGAUGGUUGGGAAGCCUAUCCACUUUUAUACAAUCACAAUUAUGGCUACUUCUCGAAACAUGCCACCAUUUUCCGCCCCGGAGAGCCAUUCUAUUUCAACGAGAUCGAGGACGGUCCAGCAUUUUAUCGCAUGCUUGGGGAACGUUACCACGAAUUUGAAGACCAGCUGGAUGAAACCAAUCCAGAUGUUGCCCGCCAGUUGUGGCACACGCCAACGGAGCUUUUCCGACCUUAUUACGGAGAGACGAUCGCACGGUACUUGGUGUCGAACUACAAGUUGACGUUGUACCCCUACCACGACCUGAUUAUAUACGAAAUGGGUGCCGGAAAUGGAACAAUGAUGAUGAACAUAUUGGAUUAUAUCCGCGACACCGACUACGAGGUCUACCAGCGGACCAAGUACAAGAUCAUUGAGAUUUCGCCGUCGCUGGCAUCGCUUCAGAUGCAAAACUUGACCGAUUCGCUCGAUGCGGCCGGCCAUUCGGACCGUGUGGAGAUUAUCAACCGCUCGAUUUUCGACUGGGAUACUUAUGUGCAUUCGCCAUGCUUCUUCCUGGCGCUGGAGGUGUUCGAUAACUUUUCCCAUGAUCAGAUUCGCUACGACCUCAAGACGGAGCUGCCUCAGCAGGGUGGAGUACUGAUCGACGCCAACGGCGAGUUUCUCGAGUACUACAAUACGCAGCUGGAUCCGAUUGCUUCUCGCUUUUUGCGAGUGCGCCAGGCUGCAGCGCGGCGGAAGUUCCGCACUCCCUUGACCUCCAAGUACAUGAAGUUGAUGCGCAGUCAGCUGCCGUGGCAGCAGGGCCAUCGCUACACUCUGCCGGAGUACAUCCCCACCCGACUCAUGCAAUUCUUCGAUAUUCUGAACACCUAUUUCCCGGGCCACCGCCUGAUUGCGAGUGACUUUGACACUCUCCCGGAUGCCGUGCCGGGUGUGAAUGCGCCCGUUGUGCAAACGCGGUACAAGAGACGGACAGUUCCAGUAUCGACGCCCUUCGUCCACCAAGGAUACUUCGAUAUUUUCUUCCCUACCGAUUUCAACACUACUGAAGACAUCUACCGUGCUGUCACGGGCAAGCUGACGCAAGUGAUGAGCCACGAAGACUUCAUGCGCCGAUGGGCGUAUAUUGAGGACACGGAGACGAAGAACGGGGAAAAUCCGCUCCUAACCUGUAUCAAAUAUCCAAGCAAGCAUAUCUCUGUAUCUGCUCGUGUUUUGUCUCUGCCGUAA